AUGGCGGAUACUGCUGGUUACCCAACCGACACCUCCAAGACAGGCCUCGGCUCCCACGACGUCCUUCACACCAACAAGCGAAAGCGAGAUACGCGCGACCAAGGCAACUCACGGUCCGCGCCUUCUGCCAACCACGGAAAUUCCGGCGACUUGACCGACCAAGCCUUCGCAUCUCUCGCCGCACAUAACGCCUCGGCUAACGGAGACGACAUGCAGCAACAAUUCGACGGCGCAAACAAUCAGAGCAUGGGCGAGACUGCUGCGGCUGCCAUUGCGCAUUACCAGAUGACCGUGCCCCAAGCAACCGAGCUGUCCUUCCAACCACAAUCAUCCACCGGGGACUCGUCCUUCAAUAUGGGCGAUCACCACCAGUCACAGGGGAUGCAGGAUUUCAGCCUUGAAGCUCUUAAGGCCGCGACCUCGUCAUCAAGGACAGGCCAGAGUACGGGCAACGAGUCCCCACCCGCCUCAUCCUCCCAUAAGCCUACGGUUGGGUCCGAGGAAUGGCACAAGGUACGAAGGGAUAACCACAAGGAAGUGGAACGACGUCGCCGUGAGACAAUCAACGAGGGUAUUAACGAGCUCGCGAAGAUCGUCCCUGGCUGUGAGAAGAACAAGGGCUCUAUCCUGCAGCGCGCGGUCCAAUUCAUUACUCAGCUUAAAGAGAAUGAGCAGCAAAACAUUGAGAAAUGGACACUAGAGAAGCUAUUGACCGAGCAGGCCAUUACUGAGCUCAGCGCCAGCUGCGACAAGUUCAAGGGCGAGUGCCAGCGAGCAUGGGACGAAUGCGCAAUCUACAAACGCGCCUGCGAAAAUGCCGGAAUUGUCCCCGAAGAGAUCAAGGACCGAGAGAACAACGGCGAGCAGAACGGAUCAAGUUGA